UCUGCCUCCCAGCCGGUGCCACAGCUCGCUGAGUCAGGUCCACUUCCAGCUCCCAGGAACCCGCCUUGAGCCGGAGUCCAGAAUCCAGACUCACUAUUUGGACUGAGUCCUGCAGAGGUCGGACCUGAAGCUGAAGAGAUGCAGGAGAGAAGCAGUUUCGUCCACAGCAGAGCAGCAGUGGCUCUGGGCUUCGUGCUGGUGAUGCUGACUCAGCAGGUGUGUGCAGGUCCGCUGGCCUCUCGGCUGCAGUCCGGCUCCGACCAGAGUUCAGACUCGGUCGUCCACACGCUGAGGAGAGUCGCUCGCAUGACGCCUCUGUGGAGAAUCAUGAGCAGCAAACCGUUCGGAGCUUACUGCCAGAACAACUACGAGUGCUCCACUGGACUCUGCAGGGCGGGUUACUGCUCCACCAGCCACCGGGUCCCGACCGAGCCGGUGAACUACUGACCGACCUCUGGACGUUCAGCCCCAGUGAACAGACGUGAUCCGCACCCGGGUUCUGAGGACUGGAACUCAUCCAGGCUGUGUAAUCAGACUUCUGUAUUUAUAUGAUCCAAUUUGUUUCUGAUGAAAUCUUAAAGGUUUUUAUGGAUUCACACAGCAAGUAGUUAAUUAAUGUUCCACCUAUAUUGAGAAAUAUCCCUCGAGGGGUAAAGUUCCAAAAGAAAAGUUUAUACUUGAUAUUUUCCACGAUAGGAUCAGUGGGAAAGUUUUUUAUUAAGGGCCCGAACAACUUCAAACUUUUUUUACUUUUACUUCUACUUCCAUGGACCAAAAUCCCUCAGAGGCCUGAACUGAAUCCAAAUGAAAACGAAAUCUUUAACUUCGUCCUCGAUCCUGCAAGUUACUGUGGCCUUGAACUCACCUCCAAGAAAUUAACAUGAUCAUAGAAGCAAAACACAAAGAACAACCAGUUAUGACGUAUAUAUAUCAACAACCAGCCAGAAAGAAAAGUAAACAAUGUGGAGCUCUUUUUUAUUUUGUGAAUGUAAAGCAGUUUGAAUUUAAGAAGUUUGUAAAACCUUUAAAAAUCCUGAAGAAAUGUGCUCUGGCCAAAAAUGUUCUUAUUUCUCGUUUAACAAAGCAACCAAAUGUAAAUCUAACUGUAAAAUCAGAUUUCUGACGCAGUGGCAAAACGGUCUCAAGAACACAACGGUGAAAAGAAGAAGAGAAGCUGCAGAAGUAACAAAAUUCUGCGGUCUGUUUUAUUCCGUUCAAAGUUGUAUUUAAAGUAAAAAUUGUUCAGGUGCAAAUGAAUCUGCCGAGCACGAAAUCCCUUCAAUUACAAACAUCUCAUUUAAAACAAAUGGAGGAAACAUACACGUCAUAUCUGUCGUAUAUACCCAAAAUAUACUUUAUGUGGAAUUUC